UUUAAGGUUCUUGCACCUGGACUUUCGGUAUUAAAGAAAACCAAUUUCUCUACAACCAGUGCCGCUUGUGCUCCGAGAAUCCAAAAGCCAGCACCUGACUUUAGAGGAACAGCGGUUGUCAAUGGAGAAUUUAAAGAUGUGAAGCUUGCAGAUUAUGCUGGGAAAUACGUAGUUCUAUUGUUCUAUCCCCUGGACUUUACAUUUGUCUGUCCAACUGAGUUAAUUGCGUUCAGUGAAAGAAGCAAAGAAUUUGAUAACAUACAAUGCCAAGUUAUUGGAGUUUCAACAGAUUCCGAGUUCAGUCAUUUGGCAUGGACAAAUACACCAAGGAAGGAUGGUGGAUUAGGAAAGUUAGAAAUUCCCCUGUUAGCUGAUUACAAGAAGAAAGUUUCUCAAGAUUAUGAAGUGUUAUUGGACGAAGGAUUUGCGUUGCGAGGUUUGUUCCUCAUUGAUGGUAAUGGAAUUCUAAGACAUAUGUCUGUCAAUGACCUGCCAGUAGGAAGAUCUGUUGAUGAAACUCUCAGAUUGGUCAAGGCCUUCCAGUUUGCUGACAAACAUGGAGAAGUAUGCCCAGCUAAUUGGAAUCCGGAGACUAAUGCUGCAACCAUCAAACCUAGCCCAACAGAGAGUAAGGAGUACUUCCAAAAAGCUAAUUAAUGCUGUUUUUUAAUUUAUAUUAUUAGCUUAGGGAUAUAAGAUUUAAUAAAUAGUUAUGGUGAAUGUAAAAAACAUGUAUGUAAAAUUCUCGAAAUAAUUAGCACGAAUAAAUGAAGUUUUAGAAAAAAAA